AUGUCUUGUGUGAAUGAGGGUCUCGGCCUGUCAGAUAGUCAAGCAGAACGAGGGAUUGCCCGUGCUUCCAAACUAAAAUUCCUCCGCCAAGAUUAUAAAAGCAAGAGAGCCCCUAGAAAAACCUGGAAUUGUGCCUUCAUCUCGCUAUCCUUCUCUCCCUUUCUUUACUUUCCUCCAACACAUUAUAGCAUGAAGUCCAUCAUCGUUUUUGUUUUCAUGCUCAGCAUGGCUCUCCUUGCUGCCGCUGCUCCCAAGGCCAAGAACUGUCACUUGAUCAAGGACCCUCAUGCCAAUGCCGUCUGCAAGAGCUACUGUGGAAAGAGUGGUUAUCUCCUCGGCGAAUGUGGUAAAAGUGGAAUCUGCCUGUGCAAGAAGAGCAAGAGCCACAAGAAGAAUUAAAACACUUUGUCCAUAACCCCUCCCCCCCCUGCCUCAAGAUUACUAGUAUCUACAGUAUGGGUGCCAAGUUAAUAUCUAUCCUCUUUCUCUCUGUCAUAUUCUCUAGUUCAUUUUCAUCAUCUUGUGCUUUAUAAUUUCAUAAAUAUAAUAAAUAUAAAACAUAUC